AUGACCCUCCAGCACGAACCGAACCGGCCCACAUCAAUCGACCUCACGCUUGCGCUCGAGCGUGAACUUGACAACGAGUCGCUCCCCAAUUCCCCGAACCCGCCACGACCGCAAUCUCUCGAUACCCAUGUCCUCGCCUCAAUUGUUACCCAGCUUCGUCUCUCGCUCGCGGAGGUCACGAAGGAACGCGAUACCCUUUCGGAACAGCUUGCUGAAGCACAGACGCGGGAGGGCGGCUUGAAGGAGGCCCUCGAGCACGUCACAGACAAGUGCCUCCGCUGCGAGAACGAGCUCGAGGGGGCGGCGGCGAAGCGUCAGGAGGACGAGGAGACGAUUUCCAUGUUGCGCACGAAGGUCGAGGAGAGCAGACGUGCAUUGAUGCGCCUCCAGACGGAGAAGCGGAUGAGCGCCGCUUCCAAUCUUACACUCGAUCUCUCGCGGCCGCCCCCUCAACACGCUUCACUGAGCGGCCCACCAUCCUCUCGCCGAUCAUCCUUCCAACCCUUGACCGGCACGUCCGCCGGGCGCACGGGGCACCGCAGGAUCUCGUCGGUCUCCGACUCUGGCGUCCUGGCCAAUGCAUACGGCGACGGUCAAUGGCCGCCCCCGUCACCCAUGUCGCCUGACGCCACGCCCACCGAGCGUGCCCCCACCCAACACAACCGCCGCGUGUCGCUCCUCUUCGGGCGCGGGGGCGCUGCGCAACCCGAGUCGAUUGGGGACAUCGAGGUGGAGCUGCUGCGGAAACAGAUGCAGCUCAUGCAGCAGCAGCUCGACGACACGAAGCGCGACCUGUCCGAGGUGCAGGAGGCCCACGAAGCGUCGGAGCUCUGCGUGCGCGCGCUCAGGACGUUCAUCGCGGACAACAACGUGGGCAUCCCAGCUGCUAUCGGCACGGGCACGGGGAAGCCCUCGCAGCCCCCCACGCACUCGAAGCAGGGCAGCACGGCCUCUCGGUGGGGCUUCCGGUUGUGGAACACAGAGCCCGAGGUGCCUACUCCACCGCAGUCGGGCAUCGCCUCCCCCGCAUCGACACCGGUGCAGACUGCCCCCAGCAAGUUCGGGGGGCUGUUCACUGGACGGAAGAGCACGUCCUCGAAUUCGGCGCGGCCCUCGUACGACCCGGUGCACCAGGAGCCGAUGUACAACGGCUCCGACACGUCGUCGCUGCCGGACUCGUCUGGCCCCAUCAGCCCUGCGUCCGAGGUUCCGCACACAAGCAUGGGCGAGCUCGGUGGCGAUGAUAUGGUCAGGGCGAAGGAGCAGAGGGCUGUCGUGCAGCCGUUUGAGCACACACAGGAGAUUUCGGUUGCAUAGAGAUUCGGCGUCCGUACUUAGGUAGUUAUGACCGUGAUGACUUCUCUGGAUUGUAAUAUACGGAUCGGAAACUUGUACAGUACGACUGGCUUGGCGCGUACAUGGGCUUAGUGUCUCGCCAAGCAACAUAAUAGAAUUCGCAGUCUGUGUAACCAACAGCCUUCGUUCGACGACUCUCGCGUUAUAAUGCAUUAUACAAUCG